CCGCCGCCGCCCCCCCAGCACUACCGCUACAUCCACAAGACGGCCAAGUUCCCCAGCACCUACAUCGCCAGCGAGGCGCCCUUGCUGCUCAGCCAGGUGUCCCUGGUGGACCCCGAGGACAGGACGCCCACGGAGGUGCAGUGGCGCUACACGGAGGAGGGCGAGCGCGUGCGGGUGUCGCUGCGCAGCGGGCGCAUCCUGCCGGUGCCCCCGCAGCCCCGCGACGACGGCGUCGUGCCCGAGGAGUGGAUAGACGGUCCCAAGGACACGUCGCCCGAGGCCGCCCUCAAGAAGACCUACGUGGCCUCGCUGAAGACCUUCGAGGAGGAGGUCAUGGACGCCAUGGGCAUCGUGGAGACGCGCAGGCCCAAGAAAUCCUACUGGUACUGAGGGCGGCGCGGCCGCUGCGGGACAGCGAGGGGCCCGGGUCCCUCCUGCUGCCC